AUCACUUGUCAACCCCGUGGCUAGAAAGCUGCCAGCCAGUCAGAAUCGGCCAUAUCUGAACGUGAUACAGCGUCGAAUUCUGUCACGCAAAGCCGUCCAAACAAGGCACCUCUCACAGUCACUAUUCUUCUCAAAAGAGCUUAGGCGGACGUCAUCGCUCACGUUGACCCCCACUUGCUUCCCAUCUGACGGGCGGCUUGUUGGAAAGAAGCUUUCCUCUUAAAAAGCUUGGGCUGCAACCGGGCGGAUCUCUUGACCAGAUCCCCAGGACAGAAGCCUGGCAAGAGUCGGAUUCGAAAACCGUUGUCAUGGAACCACCGUCACUUCGCGACUGGGGCGCUGCAGCUCCUCAUGGCCCUAACAUGGGAGGGGAGCAUCAGGCUACCAUGGACGUUCGCUAUGACAUGAGUGAGAAGGAAGAAAGUGUCUUCCAUGCUCUCCUCCACCCGGAUGACAUUUACGACGAGAAUGGAACCUACUGGGCUGACAUGCCUAUGGGCAAGCGCCUCAAGUUCAUCAGCAACGUCGACGCUCAGGAAUCCAAAAAAGAAACCAUCUCGAUCCUGCGCAUGACCAAGGAGGAUCCUCUGAGGCCAGUUGGUUACUACUUAAAGAACAUGGUCCUCCCUGGAGCUGGUCUCCUGCUGGAAGGAUACGUGCUCUUUUCUAUCGGCAACAUUCGACCUCUGCUGCAGAAGGCUUUUCCACGCUGCUGGAACACCUUCGAGAUUUGUGACGAAAGAUGGACGCAAGCCGUGGAUUACUUGGAGAUCCUCGGCAUCAUAGUGGGGCAGAUAUUAGUCGGCUAUCUCGGUGACUAUAUGGGACGCCGGUGGGGUCUCAUCCAGGAUGCUAUCAUCAUGUUCAUCGGACUGCUCAUGCUCACCUCUGCAUGGGGUGUGACGCAGAACGGCUGGGUGAUCUGCUACGCAUGGUCGCUCUUCUUCUACGGUAUCGGUGUCGGCGGCGAGUAUCCAAUGACGGCCACCUCAGGGAUGGAAAAUGCUGUCGGCAGCGGAAAAGUAUCGACGAAAGACGACCGUCUCCACCGUGGCCGAAAAGUCACCAGCGCGUUCCUCAUGCAGGGGUGGGGACAGCUGCUCAACCAAGUCCUCCUCAUUGUAUUGCUGCUCAUUUUCCAUCACGGAAGUGGGAACCCGCCGUACUCCAAGGUCUCCGCGCAAUGGACAUACCGCAUCUCGUUCGCCCUUCCGGCUGUCGGCACACUCUGGCUCGUCUACUACCGUUACUACAAGAUGCGGUCUGCUAGUAAGCAGCUGAUGAUCUCAAAGCGGAAGGCACAUGUCACUGGCUAUGACACGCAAUCGCUAAAACUCACCCUGACGUACUUCGGCCCGCGCUUGCUCGCCACCGCAGGCACAUGGUUUGCAAACGAUGUCUUCUUCUACGGCAACAAGCUCUUCCAAAACCAGUUCAUUGCUGUUCUUACGCCGGACAAUAAGUCCGUGAUGGUCGGAUGGCUGUACAACUUGAUCAAUGUGGGAGUGAGCUUGGUUGGCUACUACCUUGCUUCCUUCCUCAUCGACAAUAAGCUAUAUGGGAGGAAGUGGAUGAUGAUUGUUGGCUUCAUGGCCGACUUCAUUCUCUUCGUUGUUCCCGCCUUCGCAUACAACUUCUUCACGAGCCCAGAACACAUCCACGCCUUCCAAGCCAUGUACUUCCUCUCAUCCUUCUUCAAUCAAUUCGGCCCAAACAGCGUCACCUUCCUCGUAGCCGCCGAAGUCUUCCCCACCCCCAUCCGCGCCACCGCGCACGGCUUCUCCGCCGCCGUCGGCAAAGCCGGCGCGCUCCUCGCCUCCGUCCUCUACAACUACAUCGACACGCAGACCAAGUUCUACGUCGUCCCCUGGUUUGGUCUCGCCGGCGCGCUGCUAACCUGGCUGUUCCUCCCAGACACCACGGGCCUGGACCUCAAAGAGCAGGAGCGCCGCUGGUCCUACAUCCGCGCCGGCCGCGACCACGACUACCACGGCAUCGCCAUCCACCCCAAGCACCUGUCCGUGUGGGAGCGCCUGCGCGGCGUCGGCAAGCACUACGACGCGGCGCUCGACUACGCGGCCAAGAUCGCCGACAUGCGCGCCGAGUGGGUCGAGCACCAGCAGAACAAGUUCAAGGACGACCUUAAGGGGGGCGCCCAGGCCCAGGACGAUCUUGACGACGCGGACGGCCCGUACGGCGAGGACGUGCAUAAUUACUUCAGCCGGACGGCUUCGAAGUCGCCGCGGAAGAGCCCCGAUGCGACGGAGGAGAAGUUGAUGGUGCCGCUGGAUAGUGAUAGCAAUUCGAAUGAUGAUGCGGAUCGCAUUUCGGAGAAGAAAUGAGGCGGGGUUCGGGGUUACAGUAGCGGGAAGGGAAGUGUACAUGUGACAUGUACAGGUAUGUACAGC